AUGGACGAUGAAAUGAGCGUUUGUCGUUACGAUCCUUGUGAUACUCAUAUAAGUCAAACUAUAGAUGGUUCCGAUUUAGUAUCUGAGCUAUCUAUUGUUCGUGCACAGAAGUCUUCGAGUGAAUUCGCACUGUCAUCUGCAAAAAUUAAAUAUGAGUCUAAAAUGAAGCAUUUAAAGACUGAAAAAGAGAUCAUUGAAUCAGAGAAGAAUAGCCUGCUCAGUGAACACAAUUCUCUAAAACGAAAGUAUCAAUUAUUAGAAUUUGAAAGAAGCUACGAUCAGUCAAAGUUUUCCAGUCUUCGAAGAACUCUUGAUGAUCGUAUGAAUUCAGUGCUUCAAUCAUCUAACGGUGUGGAAUCAUCACUGACUUCAGAGGCAGAACGCUUAAGAGAUGAAGUACUGAAAUAUGAAAAACAAAUCACUGAAUUACACAGUACUCAUGCUAACCUUCAAGUAAGAGUUAAAGAAUUGGAGGCUUUACUCGAUUUACGUUCACAACGACUGAAAGAACUGGAAAUGUAUGUAGAGGAAAAAUCUGCGGAAUUGAAAGAGUUAGCAGAGUUGAAAUCAACUGUCUUUAAAUUAACUUCAGAGAAAACAGUUUUGGAGGAGCGACUUGCUGUUGAAUCGAAUCGAACCAAAAUGCCGGAAGGCUAUGAUCGAUUUGUAAGAGGUGCUGGUUAUGUAGCAAAGUUGGAAAUGGAACAUGAUCGAGUGAAAACAGCGUUUAAAACACUCAGUCAAGAACGUGCUAAAUGGCUUAUCACUGAAGAAGAAAAUUCCGAAUUACGUAAUCAAAUCGAGUUAUUAAAGAAAUGGCGUGAAAGAGCAUUAAUAGCUGAGAAUUCUCUUCUUGAAAAAGAAACUUUAAUGAAUACUUUAGUGUCUAAAACCAAUUCACCUGGAUCAAUUGAUAGUUCUUCAUCGCUUAAACUACGUAAAUUAGAGCGUGAAAAUGAGAUAUUACUUGCAGAACAAGGUGAACUCAGUGCAAAAAAUAAGGAGUUAUUGAAAACGAUAGAAGAAAAGCAAAGUAGUGAAGCUGAUCUACAAAGUCAACUACAAUCUAUGUCUUAUCAAAUACAAGAAUUCAAACAAAUACAAACAAGAAGCAAUCAAAUUGUUCAACGUGUCGUUAAGGAAUAUAAUUUAUGCCAAAAUCUAUUGCAAAGUUAUUCACAACACGAAAGUGAUACAUUCAAUAUACCAUCAGAGUAUUUAAAGUCAAUGUCUAAUUUAAAACAGUUAUUUGAAGAUUUCAAUCGAAGUUAUAAAGAUUGUACAAAUUGUCUAAAUGAUUUAUCAAAGUUAACAGAAAAAGGGAAGAAUGGGAAAUCCAACUAUGGUGAUUCAGUCAGUAAUGUUUCAUCAUCAGUUCAUUCAAUACAUGAAGAUGAUAGGGACUUGGUCGGAAAAUUACGGCAACAGAUAUCUGAAUUAGAAGAGAAAAUUGAAAAAUUGCAGACUACAAAUGCUGAAUUACUUGAUAAACUGGAUGUAUAUCAUAUGCAGGGCGUGUGUGAUACAAGAACUACUAGAAUAUUAACUUAUAAACAUAAUCCUGCGGCAAUCUUCAAACAGAAUUUAUCAAAGGAAUUAAGUGAACUUCGUUUGCUAACAGAGCGUCAACGUCAACGGAUUCAAGUUCUAGAAGAACGCAUUGUUCACUUAACCCAAAAUCGAGAUCAGCAAAAAGGGGAUACCGAUCUUACAAUGGAUUUAGAUGUUACAAAUGUUGUUGAAAGUCGAUUACGUUCAAAUCCUGAUCCAUUAACUGAACUUGCAGAGACGAAAGAACAACUUCGUGUAGAACGUUUACGCGGUGAUCGAUUAAUGGAAUUAUUCGAUAAAGCCAAAGCCAAGUAUCGUGCUUCCUGUCGUGAUCUGUUAGGAUAUCGGAUUAAUAUUCAGUCGUGUGGAGAUUGUCAAGUGUGUCCGGUUUUUUCAGUUAGCGAAGAAGAUAACUUAUACUUUAAGAAAGUGGAUGGACAAUAUGAACUAGUUGAAAAUAGAUUCAGUAAAUCUCUUCCAGAAGAUAUACAUCAAUUUCUGAAGGUGAAUCACUCAAUUCCAGGAUUUUUAGCAUCAGUUACAUUGCAUUUUCUUCGAGAGAAUACCUUGUUAAUGUGA